UGUCCCACUUCUCUCUAGCCUGGGUAUCUAUGGCCUUGAUCUAUGGCUCGAGCAUUGAAGAGCUCACGAGCCGCAAAGUAGUUGUCAAAAUGGCGGGCGAAGGUUCGGCUUGCAUAAAUCCAAAUGCAGAAAUUAUUCGGGGACAAGUGUUCGAAGUUGGUCCGCGAUAUACUAAUUUGUCGUAUAUGGGAGAAGGAGCUUACGGAAUGGUUGUAUCUGCGUACGACAAUGUAACAAAAACUAAAGUAGCUAUCAAGAAAAUAUCUCCCUUCGAGCAUCAAACUUACAGCCAGAGGACUUUGAGGGAAAUAAAAAUUCUCACCAGGUUCAAGCAUGAGAAUAUUAUAGAUAUACGGGAUAUACUAAGAGCACCAAGUAUGGAACAAAUGAAAGAUGUAUACAUUGUACAAUGUUUGAUGGAAACUGACCUGUACAAGCUACUCAAGACUCAGCCUAUUAGUAACGAUCACAUAUGCUACUUCCUGUAUCAAAUAUUGCGAGGGCUCAAAUACAUUCAUUCAGCAAAUGUAUUGCACAGAGAUUUGAAGCCCAGUAAUCUGCUACUGAACACCACUUGUGACCUUAAAAUCUGCGAUUUUGGGCUCGCCCGAGUUGCGGAUCCUGAUCAUAACCACGCCGGCUUCCUUACAGAAUAUGUCGCCACUAGAUGGUAUCGGGCACCGGAAAUAAUGUUGAACUCGAAGGGUUACACCAAAUCAAUCGACAUUUGGUCAGUUGGGUGUAUUUUAGCAGAGAUGCUGUCUAGGCGAGCUAUAUUUCCUGGAAAACACUAUUUGGACCAGCUCAACCACAUUCUGGGUGUACUUGGUUCUCCGUCUGCUGAUGAUCUCGAAUGUAUUAUUAAUGACAAGGCUCGUGGUUACCUUCAAUCUUUGCCGUACAAACCCAAAGUUCCAUGGACAAGUUUGUUUCCAAAUGCUGAUCCGAGAGCCUUGGAUCUUUUGGAUAAGAUGUUAACAUUCAAUCCAAACAAACGUAUCAUAGUGGAACAUGCUUUAGCUCAUCCAUAUUUAGAACAGUAUUAUGAUCCAGCUGACGAGCCUGUAGCGGAAGAACCGUUCAAAUUUUCCAUGGAAUUAGAUGACCUCCCGAAAGAAACUCUGAAGCAGUAUAUAUUUGAAGAAACUUUGCUUUUUCAGCAGAAUAACCAAGAGAAUACCAUAUAGUCCACUGGGCUUGACUCCAAGAAUUGCAGACUUACAGGAAGUAAAUGAACGUGGCAUACCUGACAAGUUGAGUGCCAUCAAGAAUGGAGAAUACGUACUGGGGUUUAAGGUUCGUUAUGUGACUCGGCGCGAGUAAGACAUUGGUUGGUAAGGCACUGGUGCCACACGUAUACACUUGUACAUUCACAUUCUCUACCGAAAUAUAGUGAUUUUUAUCGCACUAAACGCAUAAUAUUAAUUCGUAUUUAUCUAUCCUGAGUUAUCAUAGCUUAUAUGCCAUAUUCUACUUUUUAAUAAUUAAUAAUCAGUAAUUACUACAUUCGUGCACUAUCUGUGAUUUAAUUACUGAGCAAUGAGGUGAUUCUGUUAUUUAUAAUAAACCCAGUUCAAAUUUUGUAUAUAUAUAGAUUUACAAGAUUAUUACGAAUUUUGUUCCAAAGUUUUUAACGGGAUUAAUCUUUUUUAUUCGUUCGUUAGUGUAUGUCAAGCAAUAGGCAUGAAAAAUUGACUUUGUAGUCUUUUAGGUACAUACAACACUGAAAACGAAAAAUUGACAGACAUGUGUUUGUGCAUAAUUAAAUUGAAAUUUGUUAAAUUGCGUAAUUUUCGAAAAACGAAAACUAACUAUAGGCACGCACAUUUUGGCGUUAAAUAUUGGUUUGCUUUUUUCAAGAAAUUAUUCAUGUAAAAACUUAUAAUCAAACAUUAAAAUUUAAUCAAACCUAUCACGAUGUUAUGCGAUGUUCCAACUAUGAUCCACCAUCAUUCAGAUAGCCUGAUGAUAUCAGGCAGUGCGAGAAAGUAAUUACAAGAAUAUCUGCGGGGGACUUAUCAAAUUCUAUAAACCAUCAAAAAUUUUUUUAAUUUCCUGACAAAAAACGACACGUCUCAUAAGGUUUAAUCUGUCCGUUUCAAGACAAGAUGAUACCACUGAUACCAUAUAAAGAAAGAUUUGGUUCACUUCUUAGUUGGAACGAUAUGGUCUCAAAGUAUGUAUGUACCUCUUACGUAAUGGAGUGCAAAAUUGUAAUGCAAAUAUUUCUUCAGGAAAAUUGAAAGCCAGCAGACCAUACUUUACUUGAUUCCUCGUUUUGGCUACGAGCUAUGAUAAGUACCUAAUAAAAUUAGGAAUUGGAUCAGUGAUUACACAAACAUUUACCUCUGGACUUGGAAUCAUUAAUGAUGUUAAAUUAAAAGUACUAAAGAUUUCUGUUCAAUGAUGCAAGUUCUGUAAAAUAAUUAAUAAUAAGACGUGGUGAUCUUCAAGCGAAAAUCACCAUUGUGAAACCAUCGCGACAAUCUGUCUUUCGAUGUUAUGAUAUUUUCCCUCAUAACAGGUAAAAUUAUCAUCAUGUACUAACGUAUAUUAUGCGCGAUUGAGAGGUGUAUGAUGAAUUUGUUUUGAUAAAUCAAAAAUAAUGCGAGAAAAAAAAUUUGUCGCCAAACAGAAGCUUUAAUUAUUGAAAAUUCGGCACAUUCAUCUGUAUAUGUAGGGUAUCUUGGAUGGAUCGACAUUGGGAGCAAAAGGACAGUAUUUAACUGAUAAAUUUACGUAUUGCUAAUUAUGUGGCAUUGUUUGUGUUGCAAAUUCUUACUCAGAUAUAAUACAAUUCAAUCCAUUAAUAUCGUCACGUAUCUUUAGAACAUAAGAUAAAAAUAUGGUUUACAUGAUAUACAUAAUCAUCUCAUUAAAAAACCAGUCUUGCAAUUGAAGCAAUUGUGUUGUGGGUUGUUGGGGGUUGUUGGGAUUUAAGUUGAUAGAUUUUUUAUGGGUAAGACGGACACAAGAACCGUAGCAUAUUCUCUGUAAGAUGUUUCUUUGGCCUUGUUAUGCAGUAUUUCCUACCCAGUUAUUUGGUGCAUAUUGGUGUUUUAAUUGAGUCGAGUUAAUUUAAUAUUUCGAGAAUUUUGACAGAAGCUGUUAUUUGUAAAUCCAGAAAUAAUGUUAUUCUUACCGUUACGUUUAGUGAUAUUGUAAGCUAAACAAUUUUGGUUAUAAACUCAAAUCAAUUUAACUACAAUUAUAGACCUUAGCCACCAGAUAACCAGAAGCCAAAUAAUAUAUCUUUGAACAUAAGUUAUACGUUGUUUUCAAUGCUUUUAAUCUCAUUGUAAGAGAUGGGAUAAAGGAUGGUGAGAAGAAAGAGCUAGAUAAAAACCGAAAAUAAAUUGAUUCAAUUCCACUGAAUUGGACUGCGAAAGAAGAGAAAUUGAAGUUCGAAAUUUACUUAUAUGUUGCACAGAAUAAUUUCCUCGAGAAACCGUGAGUUCAAUAUUUCACGUUUCAAUUUUUUAUAUUAUGCUAAUAUAAAUAAGUAUUAUUUUUAGUUAUUCUCUUUGCAAAUAUUCUUACAGAAGAAGUAAUGAACCCUAAUUUUAUCUAAGUUACAAAUAUCAUACAUGUUAAUGAUAUAAAUAUAUUUAUAAAAGUAUUAUAAAAAAAUUUUUACAUAUCGCACAUGUAUAAAAACAUGAAAUUAUUUUUACUUAUCAACCAAUUUUCGACCACUUUUUUAGGGUCACAAUCAUUAUCUGAUUGCAAUUUGGAUAUACUAUAGUGCACACUGAGAUAUGAUGAUCCUCCAAUUUUUGGCUUUCAGACUUUACCGUUUACGAAGAAGAUAUCGACCAAAUUUACCACGUUUUAAAAUUCAACCUUUUCUCCUCCAACUUUUGGCCGUCAGACCUUACCGUUUACAAAGAACACAUCGGUCAAUUUUAUCACGUAUUAAAAUUCAACCUCUGUCUUCGAAUUUUUAACACUUUUUGUCGUUGCUAAAGAAAAGGACUUCCUGUUUGUUUGUUUUUUUAUAAAAAAAAAGUCUGAUAUGUUCGAAUAUAAAAUUCAUUUCACGAUGCAUCUUCAGGAAUUGUCAACAAAAAACUUGUAAAAAAUUAAUUCCUUUAAUUUUUUUUUAUAAAGUAGGACGUAUAUGAGAUCACAAUUGAAGUGAUAUAAAUAUUCCAGGGAUAAAGGAUAUAUUCAGAAAAUUCUAAGAUAAAUUAGGUUCAAUUGGGAAACGCGAUAAAAUUGCUUGACGCGUUUCUUGUAAACAUUAGGCCUAAUGGAUUUUUUGGACUCGUCAUGUUAUAGUGAAAUACCCUAUAUAACAAUAUAUAAUUUGUAGCUUGAAUAAGAUUGCGGUUCAUGACAUCUUCAGUAUGAAUAUUUGUCUCAAGAAUAACUUGAAACAAUCUUUUGACACAUAUUUGCCCUAACUCAUGUGAACUGAACCACCUCCUAAAAACAGUCAUAUUUUUUCUCAAAUUGAGGACUAACAAUUUUUGACAAUGUUGAAGUCAGUAAAAUAAACAUUGAGAAGAAAUCACUGUUUCGGAAAUGUAGAAUAUCUUUAAAGUUAAUAUUGCAGAAUGCGAGUAUGUUUUACUUCGUUAUUGUUUAUUGGAAAUCGGACAAUCUCAGAGUCACGAAAUAACAAGUUUUCCGAAAAAUACAUCGUUACAUUGACGUUACGAACUUCAACCUCAUCAGAAUAAGGUGACCCCUGUUAUGUAUAAAAUUUCCCAUUUUUACCACUUUCUUUGAGGAUAUAAAUAUUUUUUAAUUACCAGAAAAUAAUAACUAUAUGUAUAAGAGUGUGCUAGUAGGUACAAGAUCAAUGAAUCUUUAAAGAGUGAACAACUUGUGAUUGUAAGAAAAAAUUAAGAGAAGAAAAGAAAAAAUGUAUACUCAUCCUGAGAGGUCGAAGUAUGAAACCUUAAGAUAGAGGUCAGGUUAUUUUGGCAAGUAGAACAAAAAUGUCGAUCAGUGAAAAGUAGUUAAGUCCAUGUGAUGAGAUAUUGAACGCCUUGCAAUUGUUCUUUUUGCAAUUUUUUUUUGGAUGCCAUAGGUAUACAGAAUUGCCGCUAGAAAAAGUUGUUCUUCAAUUCUGGGUUGUAGAAAUAAUUUUGAUACGUAACAAUUAGGUGUGAAAUAACGUAAGUCGGUUAAAUAUUUGGCUGAAGUUGAAGAAGUGAAAAAAAACUAUUCAAUAUCUUACAGGUAAAUUCAAACGCUGGUAUCAAAUCAACGUGGCUACUGUUGAAACGCUUGCAAUUCCACAUACCAGUUUUAUACACUAUUCAUUGCCAAAUGACAAAAAAAUUGUUCAAAUAUGAUUUCACCUUUGAAAAAAUUCAAUUUUUUCUUAACUCCAGUCGGUCACACCUCAGUGAAACCGCAUAACGGCCACACUGGGUGAAAUAUACCCCAAGUAAUUUUUUUCCUUCAAAAAUGAGUUUAAAAAAUUUUAAAUAAAUUUCCAUGAUCUAUUUAAGGAUCGUAUAAAAUGCUCUCUCAGUUUUUCUAACCAAAAUUGAUUUGUCAGGUUGAAAUAUUGUAAAACAUGGGCAAAGUUAAAGUGCCAAAAAUAUUAAACAAAAAGAACUUUAUUUCGCAUGAAGAAUAGCGCCACGAGACCCAUUUCCACGGAUAAGAGACUUCGAGGAGUUUGAAAAAUAUUUGGAGUGAAAUUCAUCCAGCGUGACCGAUAAUUGUUGGUAAAGGAUAGAUUUUGGUGAAUCAAAUUUUUCAUUAUGUACUUUGGUAAAUCUGACACCAAAUAAAUAGUAUAUUUUCAAAUUAAUUCGAUAAAUCGAAAGCAAUUCAUCAAUGGCAUCUAACAUUGUGGUCUUUUGCGGCAUAAUAACCUGUUAUUGUUUUGGUAGCGUCAAGUUAUGAGAUAGAUUAUUGUGUUCCUCAAUCUGGCAAUGAAAGGGUCGGUAGACAAACUUCUGCGAGCGUACUCUGUAUAUCUGGGGACCGAUUCUGUAAUUUCAUUUUUCACAUUUCCCACCAUCCAAGCAUGCUAAUUGGUUUGAUCAAUAAUCAAUCAAUAAUGAAACGUAUAUGCACUGUGAGGAUUCGGUAAACUGUACCAAUUUGAAACAAUCGAUCUAACAGUGCGUUGCCCUUAUCACUGUGGUCUGAUCACCAAGUCUGCAAUGUUAGCAGAACCAUGUUGGAAAAAUCGAUCAUUGCAGAUACCAUAAUUACGUGCUCGAUUCCGUUACCGAUAAAAAAGUAUUUUCACUCUGAGCUGCUGACGCAAUGUCAUGUUGGCAGCGCUUAGUCUAAAAACGUCCAAUAAUGGCUAUGGAAAAAUUACUUUGCGCAAGAAUUAGGUGCUCUUAGGUGCGCUUUAUUUAAAAGUAAAGUGCUCGAAUUCAUUAUCUUAAAAAAUGUAUUUCCACCUCGAAAAACCGUCAAAUAAUGACGGUAGAAAAAAAUUCGUUGAUACAGGAAUUGGGUGCUCAUUAGGUGCUGAUUGUGUACGAUAUUAAAAAAUUAGGUGCUCCAUUUCGUAUCGUCUGCAAUUGAUUUUUACGUACGGUUGCUAUCGCAAUGUAUCGUCAUGCUUGAAUUACCCGGCAGGUGAUUUUUUUUCUUGGGGUGACUUUUUACACAGAAAACUGCAAUGAAAAAUAUUCAAUUUUGAGGCAGUUUCGAAUUAUUUAAUUUCGAAAUAAUGAAGGUAUCUCAAUAUCCAUAUUCUUAUUUCUUUGGAGUAUCAUUUGAAGCUUAGGUAAAAAGUUUAAAAUCUCAAACUCAAUUUUCACAACUUUUGAAACGUUUUUUGACAGAUUAAAUUGCGUUUUAGACCAGUCAUCCAAGCAGCUUCUAAGUUUGAGAUUUUCAGGCCAAUAUUGUACGUUUUUAGGCUAAGUGCUGCCAACAUGACAUUGCGUCAGCAGCUCAGAGUAAAAAUUCUUUUUUUAUCGGUAACGGAAUCGAGCACCUAAUUUUUAAAUAGGGCACCUAGUUAGCACCUAAAGAGCACCUAAUUAUAGUAUCUGUAAUGACCGAUUUUUCCAACACGGUUCUGCUAACAUUACAGACGUCUGGCCCCCAACAUUAGUAUCAGCAUCUCAUUUCCUGAAUCCUUAUGACUAUGGAAGUAUCUGUUAAAAAAACUAUAAAACUCUGCUGCUUUUCCAGCAACUUAAGUAUUUUGAUAUUAACAACCUCCCCCUCCUCACCCCUGUUAUAGCAUAUACAUAGGUUUGAUAGUAUGUACAAUAGUAUAUUGUGCAACAAGGAGGUAAACUCGGUUUUUUAGGCCGAGCGAAAGUUUGCAGUAUGAGUCACAAAUUGGGACGCAUACAAGCCGAAUGCUACUAUGCUUGAGCGAGUCGAAGACGAAUAUUGCAAAUACGCUAAGCGAAAAGACCGUUACCUCUGUAUUCUACACGAUUCUUUACAAAACGAGAGUAUGUUACGCGUCUUUUCACUAAGCGGGAAAUUGAGGUUAGGGUCACGUAAUGUUAGAUUUGUUUGCUGUGUUUGUCGCGGCGGCGCAUAAACGGAGUUCUGAAAACAUCACUUUUAAGUCCCAAGGGUGAAAAGUGGUCUUUUCAGUACUCCGUGCAUGCUCAUUCGCAGACUUACUGGAUCGUCGUAGAAACGGGUACUUGUGUAUGGAAAACACGCAUCGAAAAACGCGUAAAACAUGCUCGCGUUAUAUUAUAUACACCGAAAUUCCUCAAUUAUCAUUUUUUUCUCUUCAUAGGUUUCAAUAAUUGAUGCAAUCGAAUUUUCUUCUGUAGCGUUAAGUAUGAUAAUUCGUUGAAGAUAAACUACAAAAAUUUUCAGUUUUUAAUUAGAUGAAAUUGGAAAAUCUUAAACACAUAUAAUUAUAUAAAAUAUUUAUUGUAUAAUUUGUGAGGAUCAAUGAGGCUGCUCGUAAGUUAAAGGUAUCUGCAGUAAGUGUUCUUGUAUACCAUCUCGCUUGUGAAAUAACUUGAUAUAUACAUGCAAGUGGAAUGUAUGCAAUGAUACAUAAUAUUAUAAACAUUGAUAUAUUAUCAAUAUCGUCAGGCCUAAUAUACUUAUUAACGUUAUGUAUGUGUAUUUGUUGUUGUUGCUAAUUCAUAAUUCCUUAUAUUCAAUAUUGAAAAAAAAAAUUUCUUCUAUGGAUUUUCGAUGUUAUAUGCAUACGUCAUUUCGAAAAGGCUGUAAUAUCUUAUGACACAACAAGUUGGUAGAUAACUUGCUAAUUUCAAAUUAUCUUCCAAUUAACUAGUUAACUCUAGUUGAUUUACAUAUAUGAAUAUAGGAUAGUAUAAUUUGAUAAAUUAUUUUUAACAGACAACACUGAUAUUUUCGUUUUGAGAUGCAUCAUUUGGAUUGAUGCUUUCUAUUUAGACAGAAAAUGUAAUCAAUAUAUUGUCAAACUUUUAUCAAUUUUUAUUGAACUCCACUUCAUUCGUGCAUUGAAAAAAUAUCUCAUUUAUUUUACAACGUAUUUUACAAAAUAUUUUCGAUUUUAACGAACAUCACUUAAUUGAAGUAGGAUUUCAUCAAAAUUUCUAACAAAAACACUAUUAUUGUCUCUACGUCUAUCUUGUUUGUUAAUAUAAGAUAUUAAGUAGUACGCCUUGGCUGCAUUCAUAGAUUUAAAGUAUGUAUGAUUACUGUCUAUUAAGAGUAAGUUUUGGCAGUUCACAAUCAAAUUGUUCCAGUGCCUCAUAACAUUCUCCGUGAUUAAUUCUUACAUGUAAAUUGAUUUCACCUAAAAUUUACUAAAGGAUGCGAGUUCGAGGUUACAUAAAAUAUAACAUCAUUCAUCACUUCAGCCGUACUAUGCUUUUCACAAAGUACUAUUAAUCAGAUCAAAGUCUAGGCAGAUACUAUACAAUCUAAGAUUCUUAGAUGAAUCACUCUGCUGUUGAGUACAAAAACAUCAGCCGUGCCAGACUUGUCCCAUGAUUAUACCACCUAGAUUUCGAAUGGCCCAUUAAGGAAAUCAUCCAAUCAGUAAAAAGAAUAUUUUCUCCAUUUGAUCGAUUGCUUCUAUUAUACCUGAUUCGUUUAAAAACAACACGGUGUUAACGUGACCAUGUAUCUGAAUUUGCAAUUGGUAAUAUAGUUGAAACAAAUGCGAUAAGCCGAAAAUGCAUGGUGGCCACAGAUCUGGAAAACAGGGAAAACCUUGAAGCCGAGAAAUUUCGGAAACUUCAUGGAACUCCUAGAACAUUUAGGAAAUGUAUAUAGUGUUUAUAGAGAGACAUGAUGAAAGACUAAUUUCUUAAAUUUUACCGCGAACGGCUUGUUGUCUUUAAUAUAACAAAGGAAAUCAGUAAUGCAUACAAGUAAUUCCACAUCGUAUCAAAAUACUUUGUAAUAUUAAAAUUGUGUGUUCAGAGUUCCAAUCCUGUAUAUUUAAUUCAUUAUUUGAACAGUUAUGUAUAAUAAUCAAAAAACUACAUGAACAAAAUUCAAUAUAUAUGGAAGAAUAUUACAGUUUUUUUGCUUUCGUCUAUUAGGAGAAAGGUCAGAGAACAACAGCGUUUUAGGUACAAUUAAUCCCGACAAAACCAAAAAAUUUUUUUGCAAACAUAUACGUGGCCACCUUGUAAUAAAAUGUUUUGGAGAGUAAUGAAUUACUCGUUAGAUUUUCUCGAAAAAAACUUGUGAACCUGUUAUCAUACGACCAUCCAUUGAAAUAAAUCCCUUGGAUGUUAAGAAAACCGCUUCCCAGAGUUUGAAAUUGAAGCUAAAACAUGAGGUAUAAAGUCUAUGAAAUAUUCCAUGCCAAAUCACCUAUCUUAAAAAAACCUAUCUAUCUUAAACAAUAUUCAUGAAUCUUUAUAGAUUUCUAUUCAUACUUAAUUUCGCUUUAUGAAUUUGGCAAUAACUGUAAGGUGAGAACCCUGAUGUUUGUUUAAAAAAUAGUGAAACAGCAACUCGAAAUCUCGAAUCCAGUAUAAUCACGGAACUUAAAAUACACCUGAAAAUUUAUCUGAUAUACAAAUAAAUUUGAUUGUCGGAGGUGGGAGCGAAGUGAAAAACUUGUGCUAUCAAUUACAAUUAACUCAGUUACUGUUCAUUAGGUACGUUAUUGAAAUGAAUGCAUUUCAUUUGUCAGUAAAGUUUUUAAUCACCAUAUGAGAUUUGAAGAUACCUAAUGAAGUGACUGUUUAAUGCAACGUUAAACGUGACAUUUCAAAGAAAUAUAACAAGAGUAUAUUCCAGUUGCAACUGACAGUAUAUACAGGUUUUCAUGUUUCUUCUGUCUGUAUAAUUGGACUGUAAUAACAUAAUAUUGUGACAACGAUAAAAAUAGAAAACAAUACCGCUUACUGUGAAAUAAAAUGAAAUUGGUAAAAUUAAAAAUGUUCGCACGGAAUGACCCGUAUAAUAUAUCUUGGGUUAUACGAGCAAAACACUAGGAGUUGGCAAUGUUGCUGUACACUAAGAUUUAUCAAAUAAUGGAUCAUAUCUUCGAAGCCUCAUAUCAAGGCUAAUAAAAAUUCAGACAGAUACUCGUAUUAAACUUGCAGAGGACGAAAUUUAACACGAGUCUAUGAAUGUAGCUUUAAGUGUCUGAUUAUUCAUACUCCCUGUAAUCAAUAACAGGGCUUCUAGAUUCAUUACACAAUCAUUUUUUCAAAUUAUUGUUAUCAAUGUAAGAUACAUGUAUUUGAAUUACCAUUCAAAGUAUUAUUGUGCUAAUAUAAACAGGCUUUAUUGGCCAAUUAUUUGGGAUUUAGUAUUUUCUUACAUCCAUCAUGUACUCUCAUCAUCAUACCGCAAAAAAAACCAUGUUUAUAAAAUUGGCAGAAAAUUAUGUUUGGAAUACCAGAAUGGUUAUAUUUUCGGAACAAAGCUUUCGAUGUGUAGUUAUAUAAUAUACAGCCCUGUAUGAAAUUGCAGUUACCGUUGUAGAAUAAUUCUUUAUGGUUACUUGAAGUCGCUUUUCAAAAUUUCAAACUGAUAAUAUGCAACCCUUGGAAAACUCUGAUGUUAACAUUAUUUAAUGAAGUACUGAAUUUGAAAAACUGUAUGACCUAAUGAAAAGAUUACAUUAUUAGUCAUGACUUUGUCUAGAUUAUGGUACUAAUUUCUCGAAUAAUUUGAACUAGACAGAUUUUAAGAAUAACGUUUAUGUGUUGAAUUUUUAUCUAAAUUUGCACAUCUGUACGAUUGACAAUAUCGAUUGUACAUGAUAAUUUCUUCAUAUCAUAUUUCCUCAAAUUAAUAGAAUAGAUCUAAAAGGAAAAGAUUUCACUACUUGAAUAUUAAUAAUUAGUCUUGUCUUCGGAAGACGUUCCUCGUAUAUUCACUCUAUUAGUUUCAUAAUCUUCACUUGAUGCGGUUAAUGGGAAUUACCUUCAAGGGUUUCCAAUAAAAUUGUUCCAAAUAACGUACGUCAUUAAUUGUUUUUCUGUCCUACAUCAACAAAACAUCUGUUCUACUUUAGAUAUUUCCAGUUUAAAUCAUUGGAAAAGGAGGAAUUUUACUUCAACAACGAGAUUUGUACGCGUGAGGCUGUCCGUGCAAGUUGGCCACUCUUUCAGCAUUGUCACAUUCGAAUUGCUUUUCGCCCUUUUGUAGCAUUUUGACGGUUUGUACACACAGGAAAAACUCGGGGAAUUCUUACAGCAAGAAAAAUUCAGGGAAAAGUCAUGCGAUUUCGAAAAUAAGAUUGGGAUUUUGAAUCUGUCGAUGAAAUAACGUCGUUCUUGUACAAAGUACUGUCGAUUUUAAGAAAAAAAGAAUUAAAGUUAAUAUUUUUUUUCGUCUCAACACUUUUCAUACAUUCUAUGUAUAAUAUAUACCAAACCUUUUUUUUUUUUUUUUACGGAAAUCUCAGGUUGUUGUUUAUAAAUUGAGAGUCAGACAGUAAAUUAGUUACUAGGUAAUAUUGAAGAUAUUAGAAUUAAUGUGUCACAAAAUUGUCAUUAUUCAGCGGUAUAUUUCAUGAACGCUUACUGGCAAAAUCCUAUUUUCAGCCUGAAAUACCUGAAAAAGUGAGGGAAUUUCAGACUCUAAAAAGCGGACGAACACUGAUUUUGCUGAAUUUUUUGUGUCAUUAAUUUUAGAAAAUGUGUGUGUAACAGUGAAACAUGUGUGUCCCUCUUUUUAAAUCACUGUUUCCGAAACUCUUUGCCAUGCAGAAAACAACCUUCAAUCAAAUUUUAAAUCAUCGAAUUAACUUUAUGACACAUCUAUAACAUUGCGAUUUGUAUGAUCUAUUUUCAACAAUUACCUGCAUAAAGUUAAGUAUAAAAUAAAAAAAAAAAUGACUAGGCGUUCCGGAAAAUAGCAAGAAAUAAUUAGAAAUGUUGAAGUUUAUGAUUUUGACUCGGUAAACGUUCUUUUCUCAGUGAUACAACAAUCAGUUCGACAAACGUGAUAGAAUGCUGAAAAUCAGAGCGCAAAAGACCAAUAUUUAUUAGCAGCUGUCUUAAAACAAUUAAACACACAAACUGUGCAAAGGUUUGUGAAUUUGCAUUGAAAUAACCAUUAAGAAGAUCGUGAAAGCGACUAUAAUUAGUUGCUGAGACAUCAAUCAAUUGCUUUUAGUGAGAUUUAAAUUUUUUAAAAUUUUCUACAAGUGAAACGUGGGUUGGAUCUCAUUCACGUGAUUAAUUUCAGCUUAGAAAAAAUUUAAUUUAUUUUUUCAAUCUGUGAUCAAUUGGUUACAUUAUUUACAAUUUAUUUGAAUACGUUUUAUGAAAAUUAUUUUCAAACGUAUGUACAUCCAUUCGUUUACGAUGUAAAAUUGUUAAUAAAAUAUGAGAUAAUUAAAUGUAUUAUAUACUAUAAUUAUAAUAAUACCUAAUAACUAAAGGGGCUUUGUCAGAUUCGCUAAAUGCAUCACAAUCUACACUCAGCAAGAUCACCAGUUUUGCUGCAUGCGGUAAAAAGGGGAAUUCAAGGAGUUUCGCGCUCCGUAACUUUCAACAUUUUUUAUUUUUUUCGCAUUAUCUUGUAGUAUAAGAUUUGUAAUAUGUUCGUGAAAUAAUGUAGCGAAGUUUGUUACAUUGGUGAUGCUAUAGCAAUUUCAAAAAUGCCCCCUGUCAUACUAAAAUAUUCAUUUCACGGCACUUUGUUUCGCGUUAAGUUUAUUUCUGAAU